AUUGUAGUAGGUAGGUACCGCACCAACUGCUGUUGUGUCGAGGGUUGCAAUUCCUAGUUAGUUAUCGUUUCGAUCGAACUCAGAGAACAUGUCCUUCGUGUAUUAACAACGAAUAGUGAACAAAAUGAUUAAAUUGUCGAUUAGUUUAAGUUGCAUAGCAAUUGUACUGCUAUGCGCAUCAAUCUCCCGCGGGGCUUCGCCCACAGUGCAAAUGAUAGACAUCUGUACGCUGUGCCGGUGCCUUGAUGCAAAGGUAACUAACGAGAUGACUGUGGAUUGCCGUGGUGAAGAUCAGCACUCUGCGACCGGUCAGCCUACGAAAUAUUUCAACCUUCAGAGCAUCGUUUGGCCAGUGUCCAAAGAUCCCUUGAACAAAUCAUUACGGAUACGGGCGUUCUUUAGGAAUUUAAAGCUGCUAACUUUGCUAAGACCGCCUCCAAGUACAUACGUAACAGAGCUGCACUUCACUAACAACGCCAUCGAUUCGUAUCAUAAUGAACCGUUUGAAAAUUUCAAAAACCUGGAAUCCCUCACCAUGUCUGGCAAUGACCUCAGGGUAAUGGAGAAAGACUUCUUCGCAUCUCCAAACAUCCUGAAGCAUCUGGAUCUUUCCAAUAACUCCCUCACAUCGGUCAACGCCCUGGAACGAGCAUCCCUAGAACGACUGGAAUCGAUCGAUCUGUCCCACAACAAGCUGAAAUCCAUAUCUGUGCAGCUGACAAGGACUUUGCAGAAUGCCAGCAUAGUUCGUUUGGAGCAUUGCGACCUUCUCAGCUGGUUGAGUGACGAUGAUCUCGCCUGGCAGGAGUUGUAUUUAAGCUGGAAUCAGCUCACUGCCAUCUCCGGUACCACGUUUUCCGGUUUACAGCAAUUGGAAAUCCUCAAUCUCGCCCACAACCGGAUCCAAUUCCUUGAUCCACAGGCCUUUGCACCGCUCGGGCAGCUUCGACGGCUGGACCUAUCGGCAAAUGCUAUUUCCAAUUUGGUCACAAACCUUGCACUACCACCGGCGUUGAACAGUGUUAGCAUCGCCGGAAAUUCUAUCGAUCAAUGGCCUUUCGGUGAUCUUCCUACCAAGUUACACCUCUUGGAGGUUCAGAACAACAGGCUGUCGGAUCUACAUCUUGGACAAACGGUGGGUGUGAUGAUACUGAAUGCCAGCGAUAACCAGCUGGAUUCGUUCAGUGGAAGUUCGUUUCCAAUGCUGACGGAACUGGAUUUGUCGUAUAACCAGUUCAGCGAACUACCGCGGAAUCUGGGUAACGAGCUGAGGACGUUGAUAUUGGACGGUAAUCCGUUCGAAAGGAUUUUCUUCGACAGUCGUGUGUCUUUGAAGUUUUUAUCGCUGAAUCGGUUGCCCAAUCUGAGCGAAUUGGGAGGAUAUAGUUUCUGGAAAUUGGUUGGACGGGAAGACGACAAGGAGCGAGACUGUGUGGAAAUCCAGCUAUCCCACUGUCCCAAGCUGCAAUCGAUACACCAUAUGGCGUUCGUAAACCUGGACCUCUGUAAGCUAGACCUGAGCUUCAACCGGCUAACUUCCAUCCCGGCAAACCUGACCGACUGGGAAGCUUUACGCGGUGAAAUCGACAUGCAAGGCAAUCCUUGGAAUUGUAACUGUUCCGAACAGUGGAUGGUAGAUGAGAUUCUGCCGAUGAUUUACGAUAGCCAAGAUUUGCAAUAUCUGUUGGAAGAUUUCCGCUGCGCUAGUCCUGAAGCUAGACGAAAUGUACGGUUAGUGAAGUUCCUAAAUCAUCGAGGCGCAUUCUGUGGUGGACCUCAACUAGCUCGCCUGGUCGACGCGACUAAUUCACAGGACUCCCCCAUGCAAGCGGGAUUUGCUAAUAUACUUUGUUCUGUCGACGAUGAAGCCUGUUGGCACGUCCAUAAGGGCUCGGGGAUGAUAGCCUUUUGCGCUAUGCUGGCAGUUACGGUGAUAGUGAGCGUCGUACUAUUAGUGUUUAUCAGUAUUCGAAGGAAACGUGAAAUGAGACGAAAUACUUUCGAAAACGUGUGGCUGAUGAGGAAUGGCAAAACUACAAGUUUAUAAUUUA